AUGGCGUCGGCGUCGCGCGCGCUCCUCCUCUCCCGUGCGCUCCGGGCCGGCCGCCGCGUCCCCACCCUCCUGCGCCCGCUCGCUGCGUCCGCGAGCCUCCUCCCGGCGGGGGCGGGUGCGUCCGCCCCCGGCGCCGUGGUGCGGUGCUUCGCGACCCAGCCGGCGACGUCCUCGCUGCGGGACUCGUCCCCGAACUGGAGCAACCGCCUGCCCAAGGAGACGAUCCUCCUUGAAGGUUGCGACUUCGAGCAUUGGCUCGUCGUCAUGGAGCCGCCGCCUGAGGUGCCCAAGGUCCGCUGGGUUCUUCCUGAUUCAUACUUGCAUGUGAAAACUAAGGACUAUGGAGGAGAACCCUUCAUAAAUGGGGAAGCUCUUCCUUAUGAUCCUAAAUACCAUGAGGAGUGGGUGAGAAACAAUGCCCGUGCCAAUGAAAGAAUCCGGCGCAAUGAUAGGCCCCGCAACGACAGGUCAAGGAACUUUGAGAGAAGGGGGAACAUGCAGAACUACCAGAACAGGUCAACGAACUUUGAGAGAAGGGAGAACAUGCAGAAGUACCAGAACAGAGAUGGGCCUCCUGCUCAGGGUUUCAAUGGCCCCCCACCUCCACCUGGCCAGAACCAGAUGCCACCUCACCAUGGUCAGGGCAACAUGCCUCCGUCGCCGCCACCACAUGCUGGUGGUGGCCAACCAAACUAUCAGCCCCAAAUGCCAAACACAGAGGCUGGCUACUACCAGCAAGGUGGUGCUCCGGGGUAUCAAGGUGGUAACCAAGGUUACCAAGGGAACCCAGGGCCGGCCUACCAAGGUGGUAACCCUGGCUACCAAGGUGGCCCACCUGGUUACCCUGGUGGCAACUCAGCACCUCCCAACCAAGGAGGCAACCCCAACGCACCGCCAUACCUGGGUGGUGGCAAUUCUGGCUUCCCUGGUGGCGGCCGAGGCUACCAAGGUCAAUGA